ACCAGACUCAACGUGACAUCAAGACAGCUGGAAGCAAGACACAGCCUGUAAUUUAACUUGUUGUCAAAUGAGAAAGUAACAGCCGGACAAAAAGAAUAUACAGUAUAUAUGAGGACAUCUUACUUACUAUGAACAGCCAGUUUUCUACAGUGAGAUCAACCAACUAAAAAUACCCACAUAAAGUUGCAGAAAUAAGAAAAUUGGGAGAUUUCUUCUGAUUACUUGGCUACUGUUUGCUGACAAUAAAGGAAUAGUCCUGAAAAGAACAUACAUCAAUAUGACUUCUGUUGGAGUACAGAUGAUGGGCUAUUUCAUGGCUGUCUUGGGUCUUAUUGGUGCUGUCAUAGCUACACUCCUACCUGAAUGGAAGGUUAGUUCAUAUGUUGGUGCCAGUAUUGUGACAGCUGUAGGCUUUAACAAAGGUCUGUGGAUGGAAUGUGCUGUGUUUAGCACUGGAAUCACCCAGUGUGAUAUAUAUAAUUCUAUGCUUGGACUGCCCCAAGAAAUUCAGGCUGCUCAGGCCCUCAUGAUCACAUCUUGUGUAUUAUCUUCCCUUGCCACCCUCUUUACAGUAUUUGGCAUGAAAUGUACCAUUUUUAACCAAGACAACCCUGGUAAGGAUAAACUGGCAGUGACUGGUGGGGCUGUCUUCAUAAUGGGGGGAGUUAUUUGUCUUGUGCCCGUAUGCUGGAAUUUGCACUCUAUUCUUCAAGACUUUUACAAUCCAUUGCUUCCUGAUGCACAGAGAUAUGAAAUUGGUACUGGACUCUAUAUUGGCAUCAUGUCUUCAAUAUUUUCUGUAUUUGGAGGUGCUAUUCUCUGUGCCUCUUGCCCACCUAAGGAACCUGACCAAGGCUUUUACAACAGAUAUCAGGGCAGAGCUCUGCUUGCAGACAAAGAACCAAAUGCUAGCAGCGUGGCUCAGAACUCUAAGAGACAGACAAGUGGGUACAGCCUCACGGGAUAUGUUUAAAUGAUUAGAACAAAACAUUUGGAAGUGUUCUUCGGCUGCAUUGAUGAUUCCUAAUUCUGAUAUGCCACGUGGACCAUGCAAGCGGAUUUGGGCAUAUUUAGAACAAAGUAAACACAGGGCAAAAACAGUAUUGAUGAAAUAGAGGCUUUCUAAUUCUGUGAAAUAAGCUUGGAUCAAUCAGAACAAUCAGACUUUUGUCUCUAAAGUAGAAUGACCUGACACCAGAUUGCAAUUGACAUGGCCAGUUUUAAAGAAGGUGAAUCACUGCAGAAUUUUUAAGGCCCAUAAUAUAGUGCUGGCUGCUAUGUAGUAUAGGGUAACCUUUCAUCUGUAGAUUGUUUAGGAUAUGAAAAUAUAUAGUCUUUUGCAGAUUUAGAACAGAUCUUUAUUAUUUUUACUUUAUUGUGUGUUGACCAGUGUAUGUGAAAUUUGAAAAUACUGUAUAUGUACAAAAUAUAUGAUUCAUUCUAGCACCCUUCACCUGUCGCAACCCAUUCAAUUCCUCUUUCCUACCUGGGGUGUCGCACUCUGCUCUGGUGCCUCUAGCACUCUCUAGUCUGUA